AUGCAGGCCGCCGCCCCGCAACCGCCGCAGAUUGAAAACUCGACGACGGCGUCGACGUCGUCCCUCGUCGACGUCGACACGCCCUCAGUCCGGACCGUCCCCUCCGACUUUGGCGACCAGGACGUGCAGACGGACACGCAGGCCGACCGCAUCGAGCGCGAGGAGGAGGAGGACAAGGCCGCGGCCGCCGAGGCCAAGCGCAAGGCCAGGUCGGCGCGCGAGCGGGCCGCCGCGAGGGCCCGCAGCGCCGACAACUGGCUCGUGGCCAAGAUCGCGUCGCUCGGCGACGGCGCCGCCACGGCCCUCUUCGCCGGAAACCUCGUCGUCGUCAUGGGCCUGGGCGCCGUCGUGGGCUACAAGGCGUGGGGCCUCUACGAGCGCCGCGCCCUGGGCUGGAAGGGCGUCGGUCUCGGCCUGGGCCUCCUGGGCAUUGUUGGCCUUGGAGAAGGUGUCUUUACUUCGGCAUACCUCAAGGCUAAGGGCAAGAAGCAAUGA